GCGAAGUUCGGUGUCACUGCAACCUCCCUCGUUGCGUCACAGUGGGCUACAUGUGCAAGAGCACCCUGGGCGCCUGCUUCACACGCCCCACGCCCAUGCCCACGCCCGCCACCCGCAGACUCUACCAGCGGAGGACGCCCACGCACGGCUGUUUGGAGCUUUUGCCUGAAGACAGGCAUGCAGAAUGUGCUACCAAGGCUGGGGUCUCAAACAAGAGCAUUAUACUGAGGUCACAGAAAACAUCAGCCAAGAUGGUGGAAACUACUUCAAACAGUGCCUCACGUCCUACACCUUCUGCCAGUCCUACCUUUCCUCCAGCGGACCCCAAUCUGACAUGCUGUAGCCAGGAUAUGUGCAAUUAUCGAGACAUGGAUGUCUUCAUAAGGGUAGACAAGGCUAAUACCCAGAAAGAUUACAGCAGAGGAGAAUCAGAAAUGCUGGAGACAGUGUGGUUCCGAGCAGCCACCAUCGCAGUGCCCAUAGCAGGCGGGUUCAUCCUCAUUGUGUUAGUCUUCCUGGCUAGUAGAAUGCUGGCUAAGGAAAACAAGAGGCAAAGGAUGGCCCAGGUGAUUAACGAGAGGUACCUGAAGGCUCCCCUGUAUCCUGGGGGCUGUGUAGCUGAGCCUUUGCCGCCGCCACAGCACUCCCUCUACUACCACCCACCACUGCUCAAGAACAUCUCGCUGGGCCAUGUCAAUCUGCGGGCAUCGUAUGAGGACAAGCCACCAAGCUACCGCUCCCCAGGGAUGCACGUCUGCAGCCUUGAGGAGAUCCGGCCCCUGAAUGGGGUGAUGGGCAUACCUGAUGGGGGAGGAGGAUUACAGGGAGGAGGGCACUGGGACCAGAGAGGGGCUGAGUCACCUCUCCCAUCAUGAGGGGAAAGAGGGAAAGAAGGCCUCUGUUAGGGGCUGAAAGGACAAUCGCAAAUCACCAAAGAGGCAUUUUGUUCUGGCUUUCUGAAGGCGGGUGGUAUGUCUAGGCGGUGAAGCCAUUGCAGAAUCAUUUUUUUAAUCAACAUUUUAUUUUCUACUUGUAUAUCCUUUUUCACUCUCUAUAUGGAAAGAGUUUUCACUGAACUGCAGAUCUACCUUUACCACAUUGUGUAAACUGGUAGUAGGCGUGGGCUUUGGUGACUUUCCUUCUCUGGCAACCGUGCAUCAAAUGCCCCAUGCUGUGCUGAUGACUCUCCUAUGGAUGGCACAGUUAGAAGUUUUUAAGGAAAAACUCGGAAGUGAAUAUAUUAUAUAUAUAUGUAUAUUUUUUCCCAGUUUCUAGUGUCACAUUAUAGUGAAACAGGUACUGUACUGUAAUGAUAUUCUUGAAGUGCUAGUCUAAAUUCUGUCUGCAACAAAAACUAUCGGUAUCAGUCUUGUUGGCUGAAUGUUUAUUGAAAAUCAGGUGUUAUGUGAAAUUUUCCAUUACAUACAGAAGUGAUGUGAAACUAUUCUUUUUUUAUUGCUCAAAAGACAUUGAAAGAAAGCAAGUCAAGUUUGUUAAUUUUGCAGGCAUUGUGUGAGCAUUGAUUCUUGAUCAAUAACUCAUGCUUGUAAAUGCUUCAGAAUAUAUUUUUUUUCAUAAUAAGUUAUUCCAACUUAUAUUUUUCCAUUGUAAAAAAAAAAGAAAGGACAAAAAAAGAAGAAAAAAAAGACACUCCUUUGGAAUACUGUUGUAAUAUCUGUGAUUCCCAAUCUGUGGAAGCAGUUUUGCAGAUACAUUUUUUGUUUUUUGUUUUUGUCACAUGAAGUCAGUGCUUCUGCAGCCUUGGUGCUCUCUUGCAAUAGUUUUCCAUAUAGGGUCAUUUGUAUUUGAAGGUAAUAUGUGUAUACAUUACAGUGCAAUAAUAUCAGUCUUGAAAACAUUAGGCUGGCUGUUAGGCAUCUGAUGGUACAGCUUAUCUAUCAGCAAAUCUUUGUAAUAGUCUGAUGCUUCAGAUGAUACCCUCAAAUGUUUUUGUAAGCCAUGGAUGCCUGGAAUGCUGCAUAGACUUGGUUUGAUUUUGUGGUUAUUGGAAGAUGGUACAGUGUUUAUGGACAUAAUUGGUAAAGACCAGUGAUAUGCAAAAUGGCUCUCCAUCAGUUAAGUGAAACUUUUAAAAAGUAAAA